CCACAGAGAGCUGUCGCCCAAUCAGUCUCGGCUCCGGCCAUCGUGACGGGUGACGCUUACCUACGUUCGUAAGCAGGAGGACAUUGACUUUACUUAACCCUCGUCUCCUGCCGUGUGUGUUCGGCAACUAAUCAAAACAAACACCACCUGUAUCGUUACACCAACGUAUCGUCAAGCGGACAACAUGAACAACCUGAUCCGAGCGAGCGUCCGCUGUCUGCGGGCGGGCAGCACUGCGGGGUACCCGUCGAUGCGGCUCCCCGCUGGGCCGGUGUCGUUCACCGCUGCCCGGCUCCUGUGCGCCGCCACGGACAUGCAGCAGACCCUGGGGGAGAUGGUGAAGAAGGACAAGGUGGUGGUGUUCAUCAAGGGGACCCCCGCCCAGCCCAUGUGCGGCUUCAGUAAUGCGGUGGUGCAGAUCCUCCGGAUGCAUGGGGUGGACGACUACGCAGCGUACAACGUGCUGGACGACCAGGACCUCCGACAAGGCAUCAAGGAGUUCUCCAACUGGCCCACCAUCCCCCAGGUGUACCUCAACAGCGAGUUUGUGGGCGGCUGCGACAUCCUGCUGCAGAUGCACCAGAGCGGAGACCUGGUGGAGGAGCUCAACAAGAUGGGCAUCCGCUCGGCGCUGGUGGAGGCCGAGAAGGAGUCCAAGUAGCCCCGCCCCCCGCCGCCGCCACCGACCCACCCGGACACUCAGAGGAACCGACUCCCAGACGAACCACGGCCACCACCUGACCGCCCGACCGGCCGCCGACCAGAGCCAAUCAGCACCGAUCUUUAUCUUAAUUUAGUUAUUUCCUGGCGUGGGGAGGAAGGUACACUGAUUGGUUAGCAGGUGCCACCACUUAUCUUGAUGACGAGGGGGAGGGGGGCAUCCAACCAGGGGUUGGGGUGCCCGAACGCUGACGUUCUGAAGUUGGUAACAUCCAAAGGUAAUAAGCGUCAGUGUCAAAUCCAACGCGAAUGCCAACUGCCACCGACCCCAGCCCCCUUUAGUAAGGAUAUGUUUACACCAGGUGGGGGUUGGUGGGGGUUUUACCUGGUGUGUGUGCGUUGGAAACUUAACAACAAGCCCGGUGGAACCUUUUGGAGAAACGACCUACAAGUCUGAAUGACGGAGCAUUUGAAUACUAUUCCUGUAAGGGCCCUUCUCCCCCCUCGUCCCUCACCCCUCCUCCCCCCUUGGCCCUCACCCCAUCUCCCCCCUUGGCCCUCACCCCUCCUCCCCCCUUGGCCCUCACCCCAUCUCCCCCCUUCCCUAGAAGGCUCUUGAUCCUGCUGUUUAUAGCACCACUUCCUGUUAGGGUUCAAACCCAGUGUGACGGCAGCCAGGAAGUGAUGUCACCGUCCCCGUCUUAUUUCUACUACACUAAACCAACGGGGAACGAUACUGUUCUGUUUAAACAGGGUCUUAUUCUUAUAUAUCGGGUUCAUUUCUUUGUUUUUUUUAAUCCCAGACAAAGGAUUAUUUUUCUAGAUCAGCUCGGAUAUUUCCAUGAUAGUUUGCUUUUACAAGCAAUAGUAUCUUUGAAGAAGCAGAUUAGUACAUAAUAGCCAAUAGCGACACGGUAAAGUUUGCCAAUGGUUACAUCUAACGUAGUUAAAGGCGGGCUUUACUAUUCAUGCAUAACAAGUUCAUAUAAACCACUUGAUUGACAGCAGGGUGCAGCAAUGAUUACACUGUGUAUGCAAGCCAUGUUUGUUUGUAUCCUAUUAACCCUUUCCUCUCACCAACCGCAGUCAGUUGGUCAACUGUCUAAUGAAAUGGUCCAAACGCACCCUCAUCAUGUGUACACUCUCCGAAACUUAACAGUCUUCCACCUCCACCGUUUUGUUUCUCCUAGUUCAAAAUGGCGGUCUCGGAAAUGGACAAGACAACACCUUGGUGGUCUAUCUGUCUGUCCUGGUCUGUGGUCAGUUCUUUCUGUGUGAGCGCUGAAGCUCAGCGCUCUGCUUCACACUGUUGGUAUUUAAGUGACGCUUGUGGUGUGCACUGUAAGAUAAUUUAUAUUGAGAUAUUACGUGUAUUUCAGUGGCACAUUGAACUGUUUAUCAAUAAAAAAAAAUAUUUUGCCAUGACUUUGGAUUGGGAUUUUGUCUUCAAGUCAAAAAUGACCGGAUAUAAACUUCCUCGACGAGGACAUGUUUACCAAAUGGAGGCAGGAAUGGCAGGGUGUGGUCAGCCUGAUGGUUGUAGGUUCAAACCUUAAUGUCUGCAAUGACCAACCCUGCCUGCUCGCUCAUCACAUGUAGCGUCACAACAAUUCAGAGUCUGACAAAGGUGCUGGCUAAAGGCUACAGGACUAAACUCAACAUUACAUCCUUUUCUUGUCCAGAGCCCCUAGCAGUGAUACUAAACUCUGGAAACUACCGGAUACAUUGACUCACUGGUCAUAACUGACAAGCAUAACAAGUGUCAAGAAUAGUUAUACUACAUUUGAGACUGGUAAAUAUUUACCUCAGUAUUUGAGUGUUGCUGAGUGUCUUUAUAUUUGCCGAUACUGGAAAACACAAAAUACUUACUUGAACCAUAUUCAAACUGGUAGAUAUAUUCUAAAUUUGGAAGUGACUAUUAAACAGCCAUUGAAGUUUAAAUGGGAUAAACAUUCUGUGGUUCAAAUGUUUGGUGUUUCUACUAGUUUCUACCUUAACUCUCUGUCCCUGAAAACCUCAAUCAAAGCCAGAAAUCCAGGGGUUAUCAUGGAUUCAGAUUUACAUUUCGACAGUCACAUCAAAUCGGUUACAAAAUCGGCAUAUUAUCACCUUAAAAAAUGUAGCAAGACUUAGAGGGCUCAUGUCCACUGAAGACUUACAGAAACUUGUACAUGCCUUUAUCACUAGUAAGCUUGGUUACUGCAAUGGUCUCCUUACAGGUCUCCCAAAACAAACUGAGGAAGCUUCAGCUUGUUCAGAAUGCUGCUGCUAGAGUUCUAACAAAGACCAAAAAAUUUGAACAUAUUACACCAACUCUGAAAUCGUUACAUUGGCUUACUGUAGGUCAGAGAAUGGAUUUUAAAAUCAUGUUGCUAACCUAUAAAUCCCUACAUGGUUUAGGCCCAAAAUAUUUAACUGAUAUGCUUCCACUACAUAAGCCUUCUAUACCAUUUAGAUCCUAUGAGACCAAUCUGUUAAUUAUCCCCAGAGUAAACACGAAACAUGGGAAAGCAGGAUUUAGUUACUAUGCAACAAAUAGCUGGAAUAAACUCUGAGGAUUUAAGACGUUCACCAACUCUGAGCACCUUUAAAACAAGACUGAAGACGUUUGCUUUAGCUUUCUGCAAAAUCUUAAAUACAUUGCACUUUCUAAAAAGCUUUUUUAACUUUGCCUUUAUUUUCUAUUUUAAUACUAAAAGGCUUUUUUAACUUUCUAUUUUACCCAUUUCUUUGCAUAUGUUUUCUUUUACUUAUCUAUUAUUUUAUUUUAUUGUAUGACAACCUUUAUAUGUGAAGCACUUUGAGUCUGCCU